UUCUUUGAAAAUGGCUAUGGUAGCAGAAUUCCUCAAGCAGGCCUGGUUUAUAGACAAUGAAGAACAGGAGUAUGUUAAAACUGUGAAGGGGUCAAAAGGAGGACCUGGACCAUCAGUUAAUACCUACCCUAACUUCAAUCCAGCUUCUGAUGUUGCUGCACUGGACAAAGCUCUUACUGUUAAAGGCGUGGAUGAAGCAACCAUCAUUGAUAUCUUAACAAAGAGAAAUAAUGCUCAGCGUCAGCAGAUUAAAGAAGCAUACCUCCAGGCCAAAGGAAAGCCCCUGGAGGAUGCUCUAAAGAAAGGCCUUACAGGUCAUCUGGAAGAAGUUGCCUUGGCUAUGUUGAAAACCCCAGCCCAGUUUGAUGCUGAGCAGUUGAGAGGUGCUAUGAAG